CAACGCGUUCCAUUUAGUAUACCGACGACCGUAGUGCCGGUAGGAUACACACUCGCCACCGUCCGCAAAAUGUAUCUUUUAUCGUGUAAAUAUGGUGUUUUUUUCUGUGCCUAAUUUAUGUUUUUUCAAAUCCCACUUUCACCUUUUCUUCGUACUUCCGUUUAUGUGAUUUUAAAUGCAAUUUCUCGCAUGGAACGAUGAUCAACAGUUUAUCCCCUUCUAUCUGAAUAUGAAGUCAUCAACACCUUAUCCCAAACACCGUGUACAUACAAUAAUUAAUGAGUUAUGUCGACAAUAACUGGCACAAUAUACGUUUCGGCCAGUAAUGCUGGUCCUUAUCAACUAUUACCCAUUAAAUGUGACAACAAGAAAUCUACAAAAAAUAAAAUUAUAUGAGCCCAAGUUAAAUUGCAGAAACAUAUCAAAGUAUCCGGUUGUAUAGAGGUACAUAGUCAAGAAACUGAAUCACUCAGCACAAUAAAACAUAUAAAAUUAAAAAAUUAAAAAAUUAAAAACUUAUCAAGCAUUGUCAAAGGCUGAUGAGAACGUUAAAGUAUAAGACGGUCUGCGUUCGUCCGGCAGCUGUCGCAAAACAAGAAACACGGGGAGGACGAAUAACUAACUAAUUAUAUAAACAAGACUGAAAAUCGCGUAUCAACAUGUUGUUUCUAUAGAAUCUUUCGGAUAGCAUCACUAAUGGUACCGACAAACAGAAUUGUGAUGCUAUUUUGAAAAGCCUGGUCCACAUUUAUAAGGGCAGUGAUGUCAGAGCUGAUAUGGUGUUUCAGUCUUUUCCUAAUGUGUUUGUCGAUAAAAGAAGAAGGAUAAGAAUUGUUUAAGAGAAUAUCCGUGAUCGCUUUUAUAUUUUGGCAUCGUGAAAGCGAGAGUCCGAGAGUGAGAUAGCUUGGUCAACCAAAUUUAUAGGUCAAACGUAUGUUGCAAUUCGUCGAGUCAUCAGCGUAAACUUUGAUCACCAUUCUGUAAGUCUUAAACUAGUUUCGACACUGCGAUUGCAGUUCGAGAAAUGACAGACUGAACGAUCGAUACCUCCAGUUGCAAGAAAACCGUGCAAAGAGCUCAACACUGCUAAUUCAGAUUUACACGGACAAGAGAGACAACGCGCACGAGAUUUGCCGUGUCAACAUGACAUAUUUGCGAUCAAUUGGGGAGGUGAUUGUCUUCCUGUUGUUGUCUAUCUUUGCAAUAUUGGAUGGCGUCAUCAGGUCAUUCAUUCCUAAAAGGUACAAAAUGAAGAGUAUAAAUGGCGAAAUUGCCCUCGUGACAGGGGGUGGCGGAGGUUUGGGAAGGCUACUCUCCCUCAGGCUAGCCAACUUGGGCGCCAUCGUUGUCGUUUGGGAUAUAAAUGAGGCAGGCAUCGAAGAAACUGUUAAACUUGUUCAGGCAGCCGGAGGUACAUGUUACGGCUACGUUUGCGAUUUGUGUGAUCGGACAGACAUAUAUAAGAAGGCUAAAAUUAUCAGGGAAGAGAUCGGCAAGGUGACUAUUCUUAUCAAUAACGCGGGCAUCGUCACGGGAAUGAAAUUUUUAGACACUCCCGACAAACUUAUCAUCAAAACGAUGGAUGUUAACGUGAUGAGCCACUUUUGGACUGUAAAGGCUUUCCUUCCAACGAUGUUGGAGAACAAUAAAGGACAUAUCGUGAGUGUGGCCAGUUUGGCUGGUCAAUGCGGAGUUCCGAAAUUAGUAGACUAUUGUACGUCGAAAUUUGCAGCAAUGGGAUUUGACGAAGCUCUUCGAAUAGAACUUGAGUACGAAGGAUACGAUAUCAACACAACAGUGGUAUGUCCUUAUUUCAUCCGCAGUACCGGUAUGUUCGAAGAUGUUCAAUCAAGAUACAUUCCAACUCUAAGUCCAAACGCUGUAGCUGAUCGAAUAAUAAUGGCGAUGAGGUGUAACGAGAAAUAUGCCAUCAUUCCGGGUUACUUACAAAUUCUACUUAGUCUAAAGUGGAUAUUUCCGUGGCCAUGCAUCGCAAUGUUUCUUCGUGGGUUGGUGAGAGACGCUUCGCCGAGCCACGAAAAUAACAAGUGUGCGGCUGUCUCGGAAGAGAACUGUAUACCACCGUCAAAGGAUCAGAACAUUCAUCAGCAAUUAGCCAGACGUAUAUCCAGCUCCGAAAGGAAGCCUUGAACUUUCUUACUCUGUCUGCGCUUUAAUAAUAGUCUAGCAUGUACAAUAAAUUUAACUUUUCUUAUUUUCCGCCUUGCGACUGGCAUUGGAAUUCUUCGUAUUUCAAUCUUUUCAAUUAUUUCGCUAGAUGGAGAAUAUAUUGAGAUCGCGAAACACCUAUAGCAUCGAACACAGAAAUACUAUCCAUUUCAACAAAUAGAAUUGCAUUUGCAUAGAGUUUCUCCCUCUUCAAGUCUCGUUUAACGACUGAGACCGUUAGAAGAUGGGAUUAUUGGAAAAGAGGAAGGUGCAAAUAUAUUUAAAUCUUACCAGAAUUGGAUCUAGUACAAUAUAAAAAGCUUCCAUAUCUACGACGAUUUCGCAAUGAUUACGGAUUGUUUCGAAAUCGCAAAUCGCGAUAAAUCCAUUUAGAAGUGUCUUGCUUAAUAUUUGAGAAAUUGAGGGAGACUUGCUCGUUAAGUGAAUGUUGUUACACUUAUUUUAAUUCAGAGGUGUGAUAGGCACGGUACUUUUGUACUAUCGGUUCGUUAUCCUAUUAUAUAUUUUGUGUGUGCGUCUGUGAAAAUUUUUUAGUAAUUUCAUGGCGCUGAAUAUGACCUUUUGUUAGUAAUAACGAUGAUCAACGAAUUUCAAAUUAUUUUUGUAGUCUUUAGCGUCGCAUAAAGUUUUAUCUUCUUUGCAUGAAAAAAUGUAAUAAUAAAUAGACAUAUGUAUUGUAUAUAUAAUGGAAAAAUGUGAUACUGAACCCGUAAAUGAUGUCAGUACUAGGUAUAAGAGUAACAUUAGAGUAUUGUACAAUAGUUUAAUACUAUAUACGAGUAUAAGUGCAGAAACGUGUUACCGUUAAUAUUAAUUAAACAAACUACUUAAUGAU